UCCAAUAACGGCUUUGCCACGGAGGGGCGGGUUUCCUUUGGUCUAAAAGACUUAACGUGUCACAAAAUCACCCACCGACUUGCGAAAUUUGGUCUCCCGUAGAUUACAGAGCAAGUGCUUUGGUUUGCUCCAGGUGUUGUGAGUUGAUGGCCCUUUGAGGGGUGGAGGUGGCUGACGAAGCUCGGCUCCCCUAGAGGCUGUUUACCAAGUACUGCCUUUUGUAAGACGAGGGAAGAUGGAUAAGCUUGCCAAACCUCUAGCCGGCCAGAGUUGUCCAAAGGUCACUUGACAGCGCGCAUGAUCAAUUGGGAUGUGAAUGCCGAACGCUUUGCCUAACACUGGCAAAUAGGCCCACAACAAGACGUGACGGCGGUAGCUUUUUGUGGCUGUUGAUUUGGUAAGUAUAUAUUCAAAGAUCAAGAUAUUCAUGAGACAAGGAAACCGAAGAAGCGACGCGCAAAAAGGAGAAAAGAUGGCAAAGAAGGAAGAAGAGGAAAGGGAAGAAGUGAGGAGGAGGCAACAGGGCUCGUCCUCCAGCGGGGCACACCCAGAGGCCUAGGCCAGGGCUGGAGUACACGUGGCCUAGUUUGGGCGGAGCCGAUGUGCCUGGCUGCAGCUGAGACACUCGAGCCGGCCACGAGAGACGCAAUCCUUGAAGGCCCUGACCCGCCCCCGGAACCGCCGUUCUACCGAGUGGCCAACCAUUGGGACUGUGGCUUUGGGCUGCGCGAGCACGGAACCCCUAGCUGGACACCAAGAUGCCUGGCGAACCACAGACGGUGGAGGAGAAGGAAGAGAUGCAAGAGGAGAUGGUGCUGCUGGUGAAGGGUGAGGAGGAUGAGGGUGAGGAGAAGUAUGAGGUGGUGAAACUCAAGAUCCCCGUGGACAGCAAGGAGGUAUCAAGUCAGGCACCAGCACCAUCUGCUGAUCCGGGGCGACCGCACACAUGUCCAGACUGUGGCCGUGCUUUUGCACGGCGCUCCACGUUAGCGAAGCAUUCGCGCACGCACACGGGUGAGCGACCCUUCGCAUGCACCGAGUGUGGCCGGGGAUUCUCGCAGAAGUCAGCACUGACCAAACAUGGCCGCACACACACUGGGGAGCGGCCUUUCACGUGCACCGAGUGUGGCCAGCGCUUCUCGCAGAAGUCGGCGCUGACCAAACACAUACGCACACACACCGGCGAGCGGCCCUACAAGUGCCCCGAGUGCGACAAGCGCUUCUCGGCUGCCUCCAAUCUGCAGCAGCACCGAAGGCGCCACACUGGCGAGAAGCCUUAUUUAUGCACUCACUGUGGUCGCCGCUUCGCGCAGAGCUCCAACUACGCACAGCACCUACGCGUGCACACGGGCGAGAAGCCCUAUGCCUGCCCAGACUGUGGACGCGCCUUUGGCGGCAGUUCGUGCCUGGCGCGCCACCGACGCACACACACAGGCGAGCGGCCUUACGCAUGCGCUGACUGCGGUACGCGCUUUGCGCAGAGCUCGGCGUUGGCCAAGCACCGGCGUGUGCACACUGGAGAGAAGCCGCACCGUUGUGCGGUGUGUGGCCGCCGUUUUGGGCACCGCUCCAACCUGGCGGAGCAUGCCCGCACACACACUGGCGAGCGGCCCUACCCGUGUGGCGAGUGUGGCCAGCGUUUUCGCCUCAGUUCCCACUUCAUCCGCCACCGUCGUGCGCACAUGCGGCGCCGUCUCUACAUCUGCGCUGGCUGUGGGCGAGACUUCAAGCUACCCUCUGGAGCUACAGCCAGCACUGCCUCUGAGCGCUGCCCAGAAUGCGAGGGUAGCUGAGCUUAUUGCUAUGGGGUGUGGCUGGCUAGGGAGGGGUCAGGGACCUGUGCCCCAGGGUCUGAAUUAUCUUGGGCAAUGACUCCAGGUCUCUGGUCUAGGAAAGGGUGUGAUGGCGGGCAGGCUGGACUUGGGACACAUGGUGAAUCCCCUAGUGGAACUCUGGAAACCAUGCCCAGUCCUCCUCAGUAUAAAUUUUCAGCCUGUGUAACUAAAUAAAGUAUUACGUCCUCACCAUCUACUUAUUAAUGACGUAGAUGGGGAGAGGACCAAAGUUGGACCUGUGGAAGGCUUCAAAGACUAAAGUCAAUUGUUACAAAACCAAGUGUGGCUACAAGACCAAAAGGCAUUGCUGGCACUGGGGUGUGUGUGUGGUCAUCCCAUAAUCCCUCCCUGGGUAUGUCCUUAACGUCACAUCUGGAAAAUUCUAUGAAUACACCACAUUUGUGAUCAAA